UGCGGUGACCACACCCGUUCACCAUCCAGAUAGAGCCAGAGGUGUCUCAGCCUCAGCGCGUACAUGCACAUCAUCAGCUAAGGCAUCCCUAACCCACCCUUUAGCGGUUUCUGGCAGCAGAUGGAGCGCCUCACAAGUGGUGGUUUCCCCUCCCACAAAAAGCAGAAAAAGAUCCGUUCCAACUUGUUCGGCCACAAACCGGGGAAAGGCACAACGGUUAGGUGGUAGGUUAUCACAGAUGCUAUAAACACCUGGGCAACCUUCGCUCUCCCUAGCAAGGAUAGCGAACUCCCAGACCAAGUCUGUGUUAUGACCGUCACUUACUCGGGGGUUCUUGUUUUUAUAACUAUCCAGAAGGAUAGACAUAUCGUUGAGACCAAUGGAUUUCGUUGGUGGUACUUGUUAUCAUAAUUCUAGCUUUUGGUGAAAUAGAAGAGGUUAGAAGGGUCAAGUGGCGAAGACAUUAUUUUGCUAAACUAAGGCGCUGGGCAAAUAUAAACUGCUAUCACAGAAAAACUAUUGUUUUACCAUGAGAAAUGUGCAGUUAAAGUGUUAAUUUAAAUUUGGCUAUCUAGGAUCGAAUCUACAUUAUGCCUGCAAGAUCCACUACAUAACCAUAGUCAGAGAAUUAGAUAAUAUUUCAUAUAAUAAAGUAAGUUAGUUCCAAAAGUGCGUCCAUGUUUUAAGAUACUACUGACACAAGUACUGGAAUGAUUCUUUAUUUAUCGACCCCCGAAAAGAUAAAAGGCAAAAUUGACCUCAGCGAGAUUGGAACUCAGAGUGCAGAGAGCCGGAACAAAUACCGCAAAACACUCUAACCAACGCUCAAACAAUCCUGCCAACUUGCUACUUUUAUGAUGAAUAUCGACUAAGUCAACAUUGAAGAGGUUACAAUGACAAAACUAGUUCAACGUUUUACUAUCUAAAUCAGCAGUUCCCAGGGUUGCAUGCGGUCCUCAAGUAGCCUUCCGGCGACCCUCAACGAUUUUCCCUCUCAAAAUGGUACCUCUACACCAGUAGUGAAUGCAUCAUCUAGUUCACUAACUGAUUCAGUAUCAUCAAAUACAUCACAAGCCCAUCGACCAGCAGCAAAACAAAAAAAACCCCCUGAUUUACCAGCUCUUGAAUCACGCAACUGGCUAAUUCACCUUCAUUAUAUUAGAAAAGAUUUUGAAACUUGUAAAGUUUUAAACAAAGAACAACUCACUGAAACAGGAGGAUUAUGUGAAUUUGCAGUUUUUGUAGAAGCUUUGAUUCUCAGACAAGAAGGAAAAAUUCAAGAGAGCCUAGAUUUAUUCCAAAACUGUGUUUUUCUAAACCCUCAUUGUCCGGACAAUUUAAAACAAGUGGCAAGAUCUUUAUUCUUGUUGGCACGACACAAAGCUGCGAUAGGUGUUUACCAAGAAGCUGCAAAAUACAGUGAAAAGGAUUGGGAGAUAGCACACAAUGUUGGGAUAUGUUACAUGCACCUAAAGGAUUACGAAAGGGCCAAAGAAUUUCUCCAGACUGCAAUUACUCACAAGCAUCAUGAAGUGUCAUUUAUCAUGUUGGGAAAAAUAUACAUGCUGGAAAGAAAUGUGGAACGAGCCAUUGAAGUAUUCAUCAAAGCUGUUGAAAUAUUUCCAGAAAAUCCUGAACUUCUUACUUUUCUUGGAUUACUAUAUAUGGAGAUUAAGGAGUUUCAAAAAGCCUGUGAAAGCCUUGGUAAUGCCAUGAGCUUUGAUCCAACUCACAUAAAAGCUAUUCUAGCAGCUGGAAGUAUGAUGCAAAGUCAUGGGGACUUUGAUGUUGCUCUCACUAAAUACAGAAUUGUGGCUUGUUCUAUGCCUGAAAGUGCCAUUUUAUGGAAUAACAUUGCUAUGUGUUUCUUUGGAAAAGCUAAAUAUGUGGCUGCAAUUUGCUGUUUAAAAAGAGCCAAUUAUCUUUCUCCAUUUGACACAAAGGUGUUGUACAAUCUGGGAUUAGUUCAUCUCCACAUGCAACAAUAUGCAUCUGCAUUCCACUUUCUUAGUACUAUGCUGAAGUACAAACCAAAAGAUCCUGAAGCAUUUAUGAUGUUAGCUAUUUGUUUAACAUAUCUUGAUGACGCUGACAAUGCACAGAAAGCAUAUCAACAUGCCAUUAUGCUUGAUCCAGAUGAACUCACCAUUUGCUUGAAUUAUGCCAUCUUUUUAUACAAACAAGGAAUACAGCAAGAAGCUGCCAAACAAUUUGUACUUUUUGAACAGAAAAAGGAUUCUUAUUCAUCAGCAGGUGGAGUUAUUGAUCAAGAGAUUUUGGUAACUGCCAAUCAACUCAAUUUUGUCGUCCAAAAUAAUGAAAACCCAGCUCGGGAGAAUUCCAAUUCCAGUGAUAUGGAAAAUGACUUUUCAACAUCGAACCCACUAACUAAAGAAAACAGUGCCAAUUUUGAAGCCAAAAUUAAUCCCAUACCAACUGAGUCAGCAGCUACUGAUGUAAAUAAUACUUCUGUUGAAAACUGGGAACCAUCCAACAUUCUUAGCCCAAGACCAAAGCAGUCAAAACUAACUAGUUUACCACCUUUACAAACUAGUAGUGAACUUCUAAAACUGAGAGAAACUUUAUCAUUUUCUAAGACACCAACAUUGAUGAAGGAGUCUGAAAAUUCUGGGAAAAAGUUUUAAUCCCUAAAGCAAUAAACAGAGAACACAAGGCAUAUACUAUUAUCAGUUGUAUACUAAUCACAACCACUGGCCUUUCAGGGAAGGAAUAUAUUAGGCCCUUUUUUUAUUAGGUUUUUUUGAAGUUUCAUCUGUAUGUAUGUAUGUAUAUAUAUAUAUAUAUAUAUAUAUAUAUAUAUUCUGU